GUAAUUUGCAAUGAUUCAGUGAAAUAGCUACAGCAAUUUUUCAAAUUACACAAUAAAUAAAAGUAUACAUGAAGGUGAGUCUCUCUAUCACAGGCAACAUGACCGACUAUGAAGCUGCCACCGCCUUCAUCGGGGAAUGGGGACGUUUCCAGCAGGAGGUGUUUUUCCUCCUAUGUAUGAGCAUCAUCCCAAACGGCUUCACCGCCCUGUCCAUCGUCUUCCUCGCGGACACGCUGCCUCAUCGCUGCCUCAUCCCUGCACACGUGAACCUCACUGCCGCGUGGAGGAACAGCAGCAUCCCGCUCGAGGCUGACAGCCCCAGCGGCACGCUCGUGCCCAGCAAGUGCGCAAGAUACAAACUCCAAGAUGUGCUGGAUUUCUCGGACAGAGGCUUGCUCCCUGGACUUGAUGUUAACCUGUCUCAUGUGUCGACAGAAGGCUGCUUGGACGGGUGGGAGUACGACAGGAGCGUGUAUAUUUCUACUAUUAUAUCUGAGUGGGACCUGGUGUGUGAUGACAGGUGGAAGAACCCUCUGACUUCUUCUAUCUUCUUCUGUGGCGUUCUCUCUGGAUCACUUGUUUCGGGACAGCUCUCUGACAGGUAUGGGAGAAAAAACGUAUUAUUUGUUACCAUUGCUAUCCAGACAGUGGCCACAUUCCUUCUGGCCUUCUCACAAUCCUGGGUCAUGUUCUGCGCCAUCUAUUUCAUUGUUGGAUUGGGCGCAAUCUCCAAUUAUGUUACUGCGUUUGUACUAGGAGCAGAGAUUUUAGGCCAACAUGUUCGGCCAGUCUUCUCUACAGCAGGCGUGAGCAUUUUCUUUGCUGUGGGCUACAUGCUGCUGCCACUGUUUGCCUUCUUCAUCAGAGACUGGAGGAUGCUUAUUCUUGGGCUUGCCCUGCCUGGCUUUUUCUGUGUUCCUCUAUGGUGGUACAUCCCAGAGUCUCCUCGUUGGCUGCUCUCUCAGGGUAGAGUUGAAGAGGCUGAAGCCAUCAUAAGAAAUGCUGCUAAAAAGAACAAAAUUGAGGCUCCAUCAGUCAUCUUUAGUCCUCUGCAGAUAGAACUUCAAUCUGAUCAGAGGAAGGCCUACAACAUCUGUGACCUGCUCCGCUCUCCAAACAUCCGCUGGCUCUCUAUCACGCUGUGGCUAGUCUGGAACACAGUGGCCAUUGGCUACUUUGCUCUUUCCCUGAACACAUCAAACCUUCACGGCAACGUAUUCUUCAACUGUUUCUUGUCUGCCCUGGUAGAGAUACCUGCCUACACUUUGUCCUGGGUUAUGUUUCGCUGGUUUUCAAGGCGACUGAGUCUUUCCUCAACGCUUUUCAUGGGAGGAUUGUUUCUACUCCUCAUACAGCUCGUACCAGCAAAUCAGAUUUUUCUAGCCAUUACACUGGAGAUGAUGGGGAAGUUCGCAGUGACAACAGCGUUCGCUAUUGUGUACGCAUACACAGCAGAGCUCUACCCGACUGUUUUGAGGAACACAGCUUUGGGAACCUGCUCCAUGGUCUCCAGAGUAGGCAGCAUCAUUGCUCCAUACUUCAUUUAUUUAAGAAGCUAUUCGGUUUCACUGCCUUACAUCCUCAUGGGAAGUCUGACAGCUCUGGUUGGGUUGCUGAGUCUCCUGCUGCCUGACACCCGUGGAAUGCCUCUGCCUGACACCAUCACUCACAUGCAACGCUUCCCCGGAUGUUGCCAGAAGAAACCUAACACACUAACCCAGGUGGAGGAAAAUGAAAACCCAGCUGAAAGGAAGUCUCUGGUUGUCCAGUGAAGAUCUGAUGUUCUGUGUAAGGCAAAUAUCUGGACAGAAAUCCCGGGUGUGUCUAUGAUGUCACUUUAAUGUGCACAAAGGAACUGAACAUUUCUUCAAAUAAUGCGACUAUGCUUUCAAAUAUAUCCUUUGAACUGGAGUGAUUUUCUCCUUUUGGUGGUACAGUGAAAGGAAAAGUGUGACAAUGUUUGUGACAAUGCAAUUUACUGCUGUUACCCUUAUUAAUAAUGAUUUUUCUUUUACUAACGACACAACUGCAUUGUUCCACAGUUACUGCACCACAAUAUUGCAAAGUGUAUGGUAAAUAUUUGGAAUACAUUUGUCAUAAACUCCAUGCAGAGAAUUCAAGCACAAUGUAAUCAACUCCAAAUGUUGGUCAAAAUAUGUCAACCUUUAUUUCUUGUAAAAGUCAUUUCUCAAAGAGGACAGUUUUUGUACAUUU